UCACGUGCGCGGCGUUACGUGCUGCGUGCCGAGGGCCGCGGCGGCGGCGCCGCUGGCGAGGAGCCCGCGGCCCUGAGGGAGAGCCGGCGCCCCCGGCCCGGCCCGCCAUGGAGGUGUACAUCCCCUCCUUCCGCUACGAGGAGAGCGAGCUGGAGCGGGGCUACACGGUCUUUAAGAUAGAAGUGCUAAUGAGUGGAAGGAAACAUUUUGUGGAGAAGAGGUAUAGUGAAUUCCAUGCACUUCAUAAAAAGCUCAAGAAGUUCAUAAGAACUCCAGAGAUCCCCUCAAAGCAUGUGAGAAACUGGGUCCCCAAGGUCCUGGAGCAGCGACGGCAAGGCUUGGAGUUGUACUUGCAAACAGUCAUCUUAGAAAAUGAAGAGCUCCCUAAAAUAUUUCUUGAUUUCUUGAACGUUCGCCAUGUACCUACCUUGCCAAAAGCAGAAAGCUGCGGCUCUUUUGAUGAAACAGAAUCUGAAGAAUCAAGCAAACUGUCCCACCAGCCUGUGCUGCUGUUCCUAAGGGAUCCAUAUGUCUUGCCUAAAGCCAACGAUGACUUUCCAAACGUAGUUAUAGAAGGCAUUCUACAUGGAAUAUUUUACCCUCAUUUACUGCCCAGGUAGAAGUGAUGUGUGGCUAGAAGAAGCUGAAGCAAAUCUCCGAGACAUGUUUGAUGGAAUUAACAGGAAUAAAAUUCUGUGAUGUAAAAAUUAUGCUCAGAAGCAAGAGCCACAACCUCAGUUUAAGUUCAAGCAUUAUAUCUUUUUAAAUAAAAUCAAUGUCACUACAAUUGCUGCUUUUAAAAAAAGAAGAUACAAAAACAACAGUAUUGAAGUUAGUGAUAUAUUCUAUAUAUUGACAUGCUCUAACUAUUUAACACUAAAAGCUGAAAGUCAUACACUGAAUUACCCUAACCUUUCAAAAGAAUUGAAAGCUUUACUAAUUAUUUCUAUAAUUUCUAUCAUAAAUGACACUAAACAUUUUUACACCAUGAUUUUUCCCAGCACAUUACCCAUUGCUGGCAGUGGAUGGAUUAAAAGUGCUGGCACUGAAGUGUGUAAGAAAUUGCCAAAAAAAAAAAAAUUAAAGCAAGAAGAAAUUGAAAGCAAUUUAAAGAAGUAUUUUGUUCAUUUUUCUUAAAUUGUUUUGAAUCUGCUUUUUAAUAUCAGGUUGGAAAAGAGCCAGUGUGGGUGUAUGGAGAGUUUCCAAGGGAAAAACAUGCUUCCACAUUCUGAAAUAAUACAUAGCUCACUCUCAGGAAAUUUUCUAGAUUUCAGCUGAAAUAAUUUUAUCUAGCAGGAGAUUUUACAUGGCAUUUAUGCAUCUCCAUUCAGUUACGACAUCCAAUCUGUGUGUAUGUUUACUCGUCACAUCAACUUGCAGACUGUAUUCCAUAUCUUAACAUUUUAUAAGUCACAGAGCAUACAACUCUGUGGUAAGCUAAAGCAAGAAUAUGAUUAUGUAGUAAAAUGAUAAAACUAAAACUGAUACAUAUACGUAUAAUUAUAUAUAUGUAUUUGUUCAGGUUUAACUGGAAAUUUUUAUGUGUGCUACUGGACAUUACAAAAUAAAUUACUACAACAUGAA